CACCCCUCUCAUACCUCUCCCUCCUAAUCCUCCGAUCACCCCUAUUCAAUGUUUAUCUCCCAUUUUCCUUGUCACUGCUCAUCCUCAUUCCCAUUCCUUCGCUGCUCAUCUCCCAUCAUCCCUCUCGCUGCCCAUCCUCCCCAUCACCCCCAUUCAUCCACCGUCCCCCACUCCCUGCUCAACCUCCUCUCUCCCCUCGCUUUGCAUCCCGUCUUUCCCACACUUCAUACCCCGUCACUCAUUUUUUUUUAUUCUCCCUUUUCUUAUCUUCCCCAUCCCCUUCACUUAGCUUUCCCCUUGAUCUUCAUCCCCCAACCCCCUAACAUUCACAUCAUCCCAUACUUCAUUCCACUUUAUUCCUUAUUUUCUCAUCACCCUCUCAUCAUCAUCCCCAUUCCCCUCAUCCCUAACUUUCCCCUCCUUCCUUCAAUACCGAAAUCCCCUCACUCAACACUCAAAUUGUCCCAUCCCCCACCCGCUUCACUUCUCAUCCCCACUCCACUUCCUCAUUCUUUUUCUCCUCGUUUGUUUCUCACUUCUUAUCCCCCUAUUCCUAAUCCUCUCAUCUCCUUUUAUAACUCCCCAUCUUCCAUCAACCCCCUCAUUCUUCAUUCCCUAUUUUCCCCCUGGUUUCUUCACUCUUUACCCCUCAAUAUCCCUCUUUAUACUCCUUAUUCAUCUCUACUAUCCCUCUCACUUAUCCUUUAUUCACCUCAUUUAUUCUAUCCCUCACUCUUCAUUCCCCACUCAUUCUCCUUCAUCCUCCAAUCCUUAUCUUUUCAUUUCCCCUCCUAUCCAUAACUCCUAUUUCAUCAAAUCCCAAUUCCUCACUCCAAACCAUCUCAGUAUCACCUCUUCUUAUCCCAAUUCCCUCACUUCUCAUUUAUUACCUUUAUUUUUUGUUGUUCUUCAACUCUAACCACUUUCAUUCUUAUUCCCUACCACCCCACCCAACUCAACCCCAUUACUCCACUUUCUGUCUCUUCUCUCCCAUCUUUUUCACUCCUCACAUCCCUUUACCCUCAUCUCCCAGCUGCACUCUCUUCUAUCCCUUACCCUUUUCAUUCCCUAUGCUCUUCAUUCACCCUAUAUCCUAAACUUCUUCACUUUACUCUUUCAUUCAUUCACCCCUGUAUUCAUCUCUUUUAUUCCCCCUUCUCCCUCACUCUUCUUCAUCCUUCCAACAACAAUCCUGGUUUUUUUUCAUACUGGCUACUCCCUCAGUCCUCUUCCUUUCAUUGCCCUUUACGACCCUUCUUAUCCAACACUCACACCUGCUCCAUCCAUCUUAAUUGCUUAUCCUUCUCCUUAUUUCCCCCAUUUCCCCCCUCUCCCACCUCUCCCCACUUCUUCAUUCCAUACCCUUUCACUUGGGUCCCUCUCUUUCCAUACCAUUUAAUUCCCUCCUAUCUCAUCACUUCACCUCAUCCUUUCACAACUUUCUCUUUCAUUCCCUGCUUUUCCCUUUAUCUACUUCAUCAUAUUCCCCAGUUCCUAUUCCUCUCAGCAUUUCUGUCUUCAUCCCUCUCUCUCAGUUCCAACCCUGUAUACUAUACCUCAUCGCAAUUUCCUCACUGCCCAUCCUCCUCUCCUCAUUGCCUUUUAUCCCCAACCACUUUUUUUUCUUUGCUCCUGCCCUUUCAUCGUCUCUCACUAUUUGUAUUUUCAUUAUCUUUCAGACUCCAUCUUUUGGCUACCCUUAACUUUUCCUCACUCUCAGACCCUAACCUCUAGAAAUCAUUCAUUCCAUGGCCUCUUUGCCUCAAUCCAUUUUUCCUCACUGUUCUGUCGGGGGUUAUCCCUUCUCUAACCCUCCCUGACUAACCCCUCCUAUUAAUUUCUCAUUCUCUCAUUUGUCCCUUAUCCCUAGCUCCUUGUUCACCUAUUUAAGCCCUUCAACGUCCCUCAGCUUUCAUUCUGUCAACAGCCCUCAUCCCUUUACCCGCCUUUCCCGAUUCUCCUCAUCCUCUCUCUCCCUCUCCGUCAGACCCCCUCCCCUGAAUGUCUCCCAGCCUGAUCCUUUCCCUGUCCAUCACCCCUCUCCUCACUCCCUCACAGUGCUCUCUUCUCAUAGGACGAUGUUCCUGAGGGGGAUUUGGGGUGCUGGUGGGAAGAGCGCAGUCCUGGCAAGGAUCUCUCCUUGAGACUACAGUUACAUACGCUCCUUCACCCAGGCUUAGCUCCUUGGAACCACCUAUAACAGCUUCCUCUCGCCCUGGGCACCUCCUCUUUUCGGGGCCUCUCUGUUUUGCCUAAUUGAGAUCCCGUCUGAGGAGGGAGGUGGGGAGGUGCCGGUGGGGCCCCGACAGAGGACCCUCCUCCUCUUCCACUUUCAGGAGAACUGCUGUUGGACCUUGGUGAAGUGUGGGACGCAGAUUACGGCUGGAGCCGAGGACAUGCCGGGGUUGAAGAGAUACGAAGUGGCGCUGGAGGCAGAAGAGGAGAUCUAUUGGGGCUGUUUUUACUUCUUCCCUUGGUUGCGGAUGUGGCGGAGGGAAAAGAGCGCAGCACCCCCCCAGAGGCAGAAGCUGGAGCCCCUUCCCCGCCUAGUGAGCUGCCUGUCCAGGGGCUUGGGCCCCCACCCCUCCAGGCGAAGCAGUCCCCGCCGUCCGGCAGCUCCGCCCCGGGGGAGCCAGCAAGCAUCAGUCUAUCCGGCCGGGGCCCAGCCGCUCCCCAGCAGUGCCGUGGAGAAGGCUGGGCCCCAGAGAGCGCAUUUUCAGAGGUUCCACACACAGCCUAAACUCACUAGAAGCAACAUGAAGGGAAUGGAAAUAACCCUAAGCCUAAUCCUGCUGCUGCUCAACUUCAGCCCCAGGAGAGCACUACCCCUAUCGCCCAGUAUCUCAUGCUGCACCCAAGUCUAUCAAAAGAAUCUUCCCAUUAAACUCCUGCGGAAUGUCAACCGGGUAGAUCUACAAGAAGCCAAUGGGGACUGUCAUAUAAAGGCUUAUGUGCUGCACCGAAAACACGGAUCACCUGUUUGUGUUCACCCAAAGAAUCGGUCUCUAGCUCGGUGGUUGUCCCGAAACAGGAUGAUAAAGAAGAGCUGUAGUCAUAAGCCCGGGCUCUGCCCCCCCGCCUGACCCCCCCCCCCCCCCCCCGCCACCGUCCCCAUCCCCCCGUUUCCUCCAGUCUCCUGUAAGUCAGAUCCUUUUCAGUUCAGUUCUUUUCCCUCAAAAAACCAAUCCCAUAUGUUGGCUGACCCACUGGGGGCAAGAUGGCAGUCGUUUCCUUAGAGUGGGGAGACAGCAAACCAACUUGGGGCUGAGCUCUGCACAGGAAUUCAGCCCUGGGGACCAGAUCUGCUGGCUAGCAGCCCCCUUCCCCUUCAGGUAACUAUCUUCCCCUAAUAAAGAU